AUGAAGACAUCCAUUCUUUUGGCCGCCUCUACGGCGACGGUUUUGGACUUUGCAGCUGCUAACGCUCUUCCAAACGCACAGCCCUACCCUCCUCCUCACUCCAACGAGGCGUACUCGCCUCCUUUCUAUCCCUCCCCAUGGAUGGACCCCAAUGCUCCGGGCUGGGAGCAAGCCUAUGCUCAGGCUAAGGAGUUUGUUUCGGGCCUGACUCUCCUAGAGAAGGUCAACCUCACCACCGGUGUUGGUUGGAUGGGUGAGAAGUGUGUUGGAAACGUUGGUACCGUCCCUCGCCUGGGCCUGCGAUCUCUCUGCAUGCAGGAUGGCCCCCUUGGUCUCCGAUUCAACAGGUACAAUAGUGCUUUCGCUACUGGCUUGACUGCCGCCGCCAGUUGGAGCAGACACCUUUGGGUUGACCGUGGCACUGCCCUGGGCUCUGAGGCAAAGAACAAGGGUGUUGAUGUUCUUCUUGGACCUGUUGCUGGUCCUCUGGGCCGCAAUCCCAACGGAGGCCGUAACGUCGAGGGCUUCGGAAACGACCCUUACCUGGCUGGUGUGGCUCUUGCCGAUACCGUCACUGGUAUCCAGGAUGCCGGUACCGUGGCCUGCGCCAAGCACUUCCUCCUCAACGAACAGGAGCAUUUCCGCCAAGUUGGAGAGGCCAACGGCUACGGAUACCCCAUCAGCGAGGCCCUGUCGUCCAACGUUGACGACAAGACCAUCCACGAAGUCUACGGCUGGCCUUUCCAGGAUGCCGUCAAGGCCGGUGUUGGCUCCAUCAUGUGCUCGUACAACCAGGUCAACAACUCGUACGCUUGCCAGAACUCCAAGCUCCUCAACGGAUUGCUCAAGGAGGAGUACGGUUUCCAAGGUUUCGUCAUGAGCGAUUGGCAGGCUCAGCAUGCCGGUGUCUCGACCGCUGCCGCCGGUCUUGACAUGACCAUGCCUGGUGAUACUCUUUUCAACACCGGCGCGUCUUACUUCGGAAGCAACCUGACCCUUGCCGUCCUCAACGGCACUGUUCCCGAGUGGCGUAUCGACGACAUGGUCAUGCGUAUCAUGGCCUCCUUCUUCAAGGUGGGCAAGUCGAUUUCCAACCUCGUCGACACCAACUUUGAUUCUUGGACCGAUGGCGAGUUUGGCUACGUUCAGGCUGCCGUCAAUGAGAACUGGGAGAAGGUCAACUACGGUGUCGAUGUCCGUGCCAACCACGCCAACCACAUUCGUGAGGCUGGUGCCAAGGGAACCGUUAUCCUCAAGAACAACGGCAUCCUGCCCCUCAACAAGCCCAAGUUCCUUACCGUCAUCGGCGAGGAUGCCGGCUCUAACCCCGCCGGUCCCAACGGCUGCGGUGACCGCGGCUGCGAUGAUGGCACUCUUGCCAUGGAGUGGGGUUCUGGCACCACCAACUUCCCCUACCUCGUUACCCCCGACGCGGCGAUCCAGAACCAGGCUCUCCAGGAUGGCUCUCGCUACGAGAGCAUCCUGAACAACUACGCCACUUCUGCAAUCAAGUCUCUCGUCACCCAGCCCGAGGCCAUCGCCAUUGUCUUUGCUAACUCCGACAGUGGUGAGGGCUACCUUCACCCCGAUGGUAACGAGGGUGACCGCAAGAACAUUACCCUGUGGAAGAACGGUGACGACCUUAUCAAGACUGUUGCUGCCAACAACGCCAAGACCAUUGUUGUCAUCCACUCGACUGGUCCCGUCAUACUGAAGGACUACGCCGUGCACCCCAACAUCUCCGCCAUUGUGUGGGCUGGUACUCCUGGUCAGGAGUCUGGUAACUCUCUUGUCGACAUUUUGUACGGCAAGCAGAGCCCCGGACGCACUCCCUUCACCUGGGGUCCUUCUCUGGAGAGCUACGGCGUUCAGGUCAUGACGACUCCCAACAACGGCAACGGCGCUCCUCAGGAUGACUUCACCGAGGGCGCCUUUAUUGACUACCGCUACUUUGACAAGGUGGCUCCCGGCCAGCCUCGCAGCUCCGACAAGGCUCCCACGUACGAGUUCGGCUUCGGACUAUCGUGGUCGACCUUUAAGUUCUCCAACAUCCAGAUCCAGAAGAACAACGCCGGCCCGCUGAACCCGACUACCGGCAAGACCAUUGCCGCUCCCGUCCUGGGCACCUUUAGCAAGAACAUCAAGGACUAUGGUUUCCCCAAGGGCAUUCGCCGCAUCCGCGAGUUCAUCUACCCAUACCUGAGCAGCACCAGCUCUGGCCAGGCCGCUUCUGGCGACGCCCACUACGGCCAGACUGCCAAGCAGUUCCUCCCCGCCGGAGCCAACGACGGCAGCCCCCAGCACCGCUCUCCCUCUUCUGGUGAGCCCGGCGGCAACCGCCAGCUGUACGACAUCAUCUACACCGUCACCGCCACCAUCACCAACACGGGCAAGGUCAUGGACGAUGCCGUUCCCCAGCUGUACCUGAGCCACGGUGGCCCCAACGAGCCCGUGCGGGUCCUGCGUGGCUUUGACCGUAUCGAGCGCAUUGCGCCCGGCCAGAGCGUCACCUUCAAGGCUGACCUGACUCGCCGUGACAUUUCCAACUGGGACACCAAGACCCAGCAGUGGGUUGUCACCAAGUUCCCCAAGACUGUCUACGUGGGCAGCUCUUCCCGCGACCUGCCCCUCAGCGCGCGCCUGCCAUGA